AUGAAUUUUUCAAACGCAUCCUUCACGACCAACGCGUCAGAUUCGGGGGUCUCUACGGCGACAUCGGCUGCGGCGCCGGGGGUCAUCAUCACCGUAGCCGUUCUGGCAAUUGUCGGCAACCUCCUGGUUCUCUCCGUGACAGCCAAAAGACAGACGUUCCCCUCCGCCACCCGACUGUUCGUCGCCUCCAUGGCCUUGUCAGACCUGAUCCAGGGCUUGGUCUUACCGGUCUUCGUGGAGCCUGCCCAGGCCGGGGAGUGGGUCUACUCGGACAGAGCUGCAAAGGCCACCGCAGCCAUAUUACUGUCCUCCAUCCAUCUUAGUGCUUUAGCUCUAGCAGGUCUGACCCUGGACCGGCACUACGCUCUGAGGAACGACGGAGUUGGCGUCUCUCGCAAGAAGGCCCGGAUCUUCCUCAUCUCAGCAUGGGUUGGGACAUACGCCUGUGUGUUCCACAAGUCCUUCCGGAGAGCUGUAAAGGAGAUAGCGACCUCCGUCGCCUCCUAUCUGUACGACAAGUGCUGUCCAAAAAAUCGUGUUGAUAAUGACGACCAACAGAACAUACAAAUGAGCUCCCUGUAA